AAUCGCGAAAACCCGUCACAAGAAAAUGUCUCAUUUUGGCUGGCCAAUCGAGUGGAGCUGUUGUGUGCUUUAGGUUUCCUGCGCGCCAAAUUGACACAUUCUUUACGUGAUCGACGCGAACCGACGGGAAACUGCGCCAACCGCGUCGUUUGCGGCCCAGCAAAAACUGCACACUCAGCAGCAAAGCGCAGCGCAACCAUGAUGACCGCCGACGGCGCGCCGCCCGCCGCCGACAUCGAGGUCCCGACGGCCAACCCCCUCCAGCCGAACGCCGAGACGACCUAUGUUUCCUUAGUUCCGGGGAUCCCGGCCGACGCGAACAGCGUCUUCUCCAUCCGCAACGGCUACGACGACGUGAACCCCGAAUCCGCAAAAAAGAUCCACCGCCUGUCUACUCGAGUAUUACAGCUCGCCGUCGUGAACGCCGUCGUCAUCGUCACGAUCCGAGCUGUGUAUAUUGCGUUCUGGGCCAUGGAGGGCCGGGACCUCCUCGUGGCGGAGUACUCGGUCUACAUCUUCUUCUCUUUGGUGAUUCUGUAUUUGGGCGUGCAGGGCGUGCGCAAGAAGAACCCGCCCUGCUGCGGCGGCUGCGGCUGCGGCUACCUCACGACCUUCUACGCGAUCUACAUCGUCUUCGCGGCCGUCUCGGCCCUGACGGUGCUCAUCUCGCUCAUCUUCCUGGCUUUUGUGGCCUUCGUCGUCAACCUCGCCUUCUUCAUAUUGUACGCGGCCACGGCGAACUACACGCGGCUGUUGCUUGAUGAAUUGCGCAAGCUCGGCAUGGACGCCACGCAAGGACGCCGCCGGUCGCACGCCACCACGGCGACGGCGCAGCCGCCCGUCGCGACGGUGCGCGGCGAGCCCGUGACGUUGGCCGCGGUCCAGCCGCCGCCGGUGGCCAUGGACGACUCCUACACGGGCCCGGCGCCGUCGGCCUACGAGGCGCAAACGGCGAACUACCGAUAGAGCCCCGCCUAGCCACCGUCGCCCCGAGACAAGUAAUGUUC